AUGACUUGGUUCAAAGAAGGGGAUAGGAACACAAAGUUCUUCCACGCACAAGUGAGAGGUAGGAGGAAGAGACUUCAGCCUAAAAGAAUUCAAAACAGUGGAGGAACCUGGAUUGAAGAAGAACAAGAAAUUGCAGAAGAAGCUAUUAAAUUCUAUGAGGAACAGUUCACAGAAGCAUCUACUCCUUCAUCAUUUGAUAUCGUAGAGCAUGUUCCUAAUCUGAUUAACACUAAGCAGAAUGCAGAAUUGAUUAAGCAACCAACAAAAGAGGAAGUUAAAGUGGCAGUAUUUGGACUUAAUGGGGAUAGUGCUGGGGGGCCAGAUGGUAUGACAGGAAAAUUUUAUCAUUCUUGUUGGGACUUAAUAGGGGAUGACCUGUACGACAUGGUUAGGGCUUUUUUCAAUGGUCAUGAGCUACCCAAAUUUGUAACACACACAAACCUAGUUCUUCUACCAAAGAAAAAAGAAGUUAACACCUUUUCUAAUUUAAGACCAAUAAGCCUCAGUAAUUUUUCAAAUAAGGUUAUAUCAAGGGUGGUACAUGAAAGGCUACUGAAAUUUCUCCCAAGUCUGAUAUCGGAGGAACAUGCGGGUUUUGUUAAGGGAAGGAAUAUAGUAGAAAACAUCCUUCUAACUCAGGAGAUAGUGACUGACAUUAGGCUUAGAACUAAGGUUGGACCUAAUGUCAUCCUGAAGCUAGAUAUGACCAAAGUUUAUGAUAGAAUAUCUUGGCUUUUCCUAACCAAGGUUCUAAGAAAGAUGGUAUUUACAGAAAGGUUGAUAGGGAUUGUCUUUGGAUUAGUUUCAAACAAUUGGUAUUCUAUUCUAAUCAAUGGUCAAACUCAUGGUUUCUUUAAGUCCUCAAGGGGAAUAAAGCAAGGUGAUCCUGUAUCUCCAACUUUGUUUAUAUUGGCAGCAGAAGCAUUAUCUAGGGGUCUCAAUGCACUACAUACUAACCUGUAUUUUUGUGGAUUUGGGAUGCCAAAGUGGAGUCCAAAGAUCAAUCAUUUGGCAUAUACAAAUGACAUGAUUAUUUUCUCAUCCUCAGAUGAAACAUCUCUGAUGUUGAUUAUGCAAGUGCUAAAGGCAUAUGAAGAUGCAUCUGGGCAGAUUGUUAACAAGACCAAAUCAGCUGUGUACCUACAUCAUUUAACAGACAUGGAAGUGGUCAGCAAGGUGGAAAGGAUCACAGGCAUUCAUAGGAAUGAUUUCCCUAUCAUAUAUCUAGGUUGCCCGAUAUUUUAUGCAAGGAGAAAGCUGGAAUUCUAUCAGCCCCUAAUUACAAAGGUAAUGGACAAACUGCAAUCAUGGAAAGGCAAGUUAUUAUCAGUAGGGGGCAUGGCAGUUCUCAUAUCCCAUGUUUUGCAAAGCAUGCCUAUGCAUCUACUAUCAACUGUAAACCCUCCAAAGUAUGUGAUAAAUAGGUUGCACAAAUUGUUUGCUCAGUUUUUCUGGAGCAGCACUGUAGGAGGAACUAGUAGGCAUUGGGCUUCAUGGAAUACUUCAUGCAUGCCAGUUGAGGAAGGAGGAAUAGGUUUCAGGUCACUGCAUGAUGUAGCAAAGGCAUUAUUCAACAAGUUGUGGUGGAAUUUCAGAACAAAACCAAGCCUAUGGAGCUCUUUCGUAUGUCAGAAAUACUGUAAAAAAUUAAACUCUAUAAUUGUUCCGUGGAAAAGGGGGUCUCACAUCUGGAAAAAAAUGUUGGAAUGCAGAGAUCUGAUUGAACAUCAAAUCCUAUGGCAAACAAAAAUGGGAUCCUCACUAUUCUGGUAUGAAAACUGGACAGGUCUUGGGGCACUAUAUUUUUUAGUUCCUCAGGACUUUGGCAUUGAUGAAAAUAUACAUAAUGUACAUGAUGUUACCUUAGAUAGUGAGUGGGAUGUGGACAGGCUAUUUCAAAUACUUCCUGAAGACUUAGCAGUACACAUUCUGGAGAAAAUCAAACCACCUUCAACAAUGCAGGUUCUUGAGAGGCCUUUUUGGAUGCUGGAAACAAGAGGAUAUUUCAGUGUUAAGUCAGCAUGGGAGUAUACGAGAAGAAGAGACGAACCAAGAAUAGCUUAUAGAAAGAUUUGGGUAAAGGGACUGCCUUUUAAAAUAGCAUUUUUCAUGUGGAAAGUGUGGAAAGCAAAGCUACCUUUAGAUGAUUUCUUGAAAAGGGUAGGUUACUGCAUGUCGUCAAAAUGUUGGUGUUGUGUACAGCCUGACGAAGAAUCUCUUCAACACAUGUUUUUUAGAUCAGAAACUGCAAAGACAACUUGGAAGUAUUUUCUAUCGAGGGCAGGAAUAAAUGUGGAGGGACUUACAUUGCACCAAGCAAUCACAAAAUGUUGGACUGCAAAUGUGUGCUUAAGGUUAAAACUAGUAAUGCAAGCAAUCCCCUCAUGCGUAGUCUGGGAACUUUGGAAAAGAAGAAAUAGUAUGAAGUAUGGGGAGGCGGUGACAACUAGCAGGGUGAUUUAUCAAGUUUCAUCAAAUCUCCAGGCACUGGUGAAAGUGAGAAAGCCGGGGAUGGACAGGGUACCUCACAAAUGGCAAAAUCUAUUAGAAGUGAUGGAAAAUUUCACUCCUAAACUUAAGGUUACAAAAGUCAUGUGGGAAUUUCCAAGUGCAGGAUGGCUAAAAGUUAAUACGGAUGGUGCAUCGAGGGGAAAUCCAGGCAGGAGCUCAAUAGGUUUUUGUAUAAGAAAUGAAAAUGGUGACAUAGUCAAGUCAGUAGGGAAAGAGAUUGAGGAGACAACAAACACAGUAGCUGAAGCGAAGGCCAUGGUAGAAGCACUAAGGUUCUGCAGAUUUCAACAAUACUCUCAUGUAUGGCUUCAAACUGACUCAAUGUUAUUAAAAAAGAUAAUGGAUGGGAUCUGGAAAUCACCAUGGAUCAUAUCUGAGCAGGUAGAGGAAAUGAUGCAACUAAUGAAUGGGGGCAAUUCAACAGUUACUCAUAUUCAUAGGGAGGGCAACAAGUUGGCAGAUCACUUGGCUAAUUAUGCUUUAGAUAAUGGAGAAAUAGAAUACCAACAAUUCUGGCAUCUAGAUGCACAGGGAAGGAGGUUUGUUAAUGAAGAUAAGCUACAAUGUCCAAAUCUAAGGGUGAAGGUGAACAGGAGUGCCACUACAAUGCUUAUGCCCCUCCAUGCUGCAACUUUCGACAUAACUGAUGCAAAAGAACAAAAAAAACAUCAACAAUCGAGCACAACAAAAAAGACUAAUGGCAUGGCAACCCAACCAGCAUGGGGUGAAAGUGUGCUUUUAGUUCAUUGGAUAUACAACCAGCAUGGUGCAAAAGUGUUUAAUAUCACACGCAUUGUUCAGUUACAAAUAGAAUCUGGGAAUAUAAAAUUGGUUACUCCUCAUUUCGAGCACAACAAAAAGCAAAUGGCUUUGGAAACACAACUAGCAUGUGCAGCAAAUAUGUUUUUUCGAGAAAAGCAGAUCCAGGUUCCCGAGCGGCCAAGUGAAGGUCUUCAGCUGAUUCAGCGUUUGCCGGAGAUUUCCAGGUUAUUAGAUCAAUCCAGGUAUUUAAUCGUUAGUUUUUCUGCAGAUCGUUUAUAUGGAGACUCAAGUCAUGGGACCGCACCUGUGGCUUGGGCUCUGGAUCUGCGGAAUUUCAUUAACUCUCUAGGCACCGCACCUGUGCUCCCGUCUCCGCAGAUGCGAUCCGCUUCAACGGUCCUUGAGCCGCAUCUUCGGUCACUGGCCUAUGUGCCCCAAACUGCACCUGCGACCUCUUUCUCGCUUCUACGGGCCACACCUGCGGGCUCCUCACCAUAG